GCAGAGGGCGCCGCGAGCGUUCUUUUUGAAGCCGCCACCUCAUCCACCACCGGAAAGCAACGGCAGAGGAGAGGAGAGGAGAGGCGAGGAGAGAAGCGAGCUCAGCGCUCCCCAGAGCCCGCCCGUGACGGGGAUGCAGCGUGGUGACCCGACGGAGCCAUGGAUCUGGAUGAGGCUUUUGGGUUGGUGGGGGAGUUCGGGCCCCAGCAGAAGAAGCUCGCCGCCUUCCUGGUGCUGCUACAGGUGUUUGUUGCCUUUCAGUCUAUGCUUAUUGUUCUCGUGGGAGCUGUGCCAGAAUAUCAUCUUGACCAAGAAGGAAUUCUGACUAGUGCAGAAGCUCUUGCAAAACACGUCAGGUUUACCAGUAACUUCACUUCUAUAGCAACAGAGUGGUAUUUAAUCAAACAUGAAGCAUACAAAGUGAACCUAGCCUCAUCCUUGUAUUUUGGUGGGUUACUUAUUGGAAAUAUACUGUUUGGCCCAUUGUCAGAUAAAUUGGGCAGAAAGCCUGUAUAUCUAACAGGGCUUUUUUUGGACGUCAUUUUUGGAUACGUUUCCGCAUUUGCUCCAAAUUAUGAAAUAUUUGCAGCAUCACGCUUUUUUGUUGGAAUUACAAAUGGCGGCAUGUCCUUAGUGUCUUUUGUUUUGACACAAGAAUAUGUAGGAAAAUCUUUCUGGGCAAUGACAGGUUCAUUGACAAAUUUGACCUUUGCAUUUGGCAUAGCUGUUUAUGCUUUACUGGGGUAUUACAUAAGAGACUGGCGUCUUCUUGCCUUUGUGUCAAAUUCUCCAGGAGUUUUCUUCUUUCUUCUUUCUUUCAUGCUUCCUGAAUCACCAAGAUGGUUAUAUUCUCAAGGCAGAGUAGCAGAAGCAGAGCGUGUACUGCAAUACAUUGCUCUCCACAAUGGGAAAGACAAGGUGGUGGUAAAACUGAAGCCAUGCAAAGGAGUCAUAAAGAAGGACGAUUCCACCCCUGGGCUCCUCAACCUGGUUACGCAUCCCGUCCUUCGAUGGCGCACGGUCAUUUUGAUGUAUAUCUGGUAUGUGUGCAGCUUUGUAUAUUACGGUUUAACACUGAAUGCUGGUGAAUUAGGAGGAAAUCUUUAUUUAAAUGUGGCUCUUUCUGGUCUUGUAGAAGUUCCAGCAUUUCCACUCUGCAUGUUUUUCAUUGAGAAAUCUUGGUCGGGAAGACGUAAAAGUACAGCUACUUUUUUGAUAUUUGCGGGCCUUGCUUGUGUUUUUACCAUGUGCUUACCAGAAAAUAACAGCAGAUUUUUCUUCAGUCCCAGAAUUUUGGCUUUAUAUGGGAAAUUGACUGUAAGUGCUGCCUUCAACAUCGUAUACAUCUAUACUUCAGAGCUGUAUCCCACAGUAGUAAGAAAUGCUGGUUUGGGUGUAUGCUCAAUGAUUUGUAGGUUUGGAGGAAUUUUGGCUCCAUUUGUUCCUUCCUUGAAAUCUCUUGGUCCAUCUGUACCAUUUGGAGUCUUUGGAAUCAGUGGAUUAUCAGCUGGUUUUUUGACUCUUCUACUUCCAGAAACCCUGAACAAACCAAUUGCAGAAACUAUUGAAGAUUUGCAGAUGCCUGUCUAUCAAAUACUUAAAAACAAAAAGGCAGAGUAAAUCAGUUAGAAGAAAACUUUUAGUUUUGCAAAAAAUAUCUUGGUUGAAAAUUUCAGUUGUUGAAGUAUGCUGCCAUCAAGAUUAUCACUUUGCGACAUUCAAACCUAUUUUCCUAUUUCCAGAAUGAUCAAUGUCUCAUGUAAACAUAACUUGUGAAGAUGUGGAGAGGGAGAGGUAAAAAUUAAUGAGAAAAUUUAAUGGCCUAAAUCAAUUUUUCAAAUGCUGUAUACUGAGUGUUUUAAAACAUUCAUCAUUACUUGUGGUUUCAUUUAGUAAACAGAUAGGAUAAUUAUUCUUUAAAUGUAUAAAUUAUUGGGGAUUUGAUUACAAUUCUAAAUAAGCAGUCAGAAAAAUGACCAUUAAUUGUGUGAUAUUCUGGGCUCAGCAUAUUGGAAUUAAUAUUACAUUGAUGCUUAUAGUAUCUUCAGAUUGGAAGAUUUUUCAGACCUGGAAUAUGCCAUUUUGCUUUGGCUCUUAAUUUUUACAGAAUCUUGUUGCCAAUAUUUUUAUAUUAAUGAUUUUGGAUGGUCUACCAUAUUUAUAAACACCAAAGAACUGGUGAUUUGUUACUGUUUUAACAGUUGUUGCAAUAUACACCAUAUGUAAUCUGAAAUUAAAAUUAAAGAGACUGUAUCUCCUCGCUAGGUAAGUAUCAGAUUGUAGGAUUUAUGUUUAGCAGGUGUCAUUUUUAUAUACCCAAAAAACAAAAUAGAUAUUGAAUCUAAAAAUCUGCCAGAUAUGAAAAGCUCUGUUCUGAAGUCCUUUAGCAUGGAAAAAGAAAAUCAUCACUCCAAAAAAUUAUUUGUCCAUGAAACUUCAAAAACUCCUGCAGAAACAGAAGGGUGAGAAAUGGAUUCUGCAGAACUGACCACAAUAUAAUAAUAUACUGGCUCCUGCACACUAUGAGCACCUGAGGCCUUACAUACACCUCUUUUUCUUUGAUGUGUAGGUCCUUGAAUGUAACACUUGCCAACUCAGUUUCUUGUCAUUGUCUGUUUUUCAUUUAUGAGGGAAAAUGUAGAAGCUAAAAUGAAUUUUUGACAAUCUGUUAUCCCCAGGCCAUAGUUGGCUGUGUUGAGGACUUAGACAAACUUCUUUCAGAUCAUAUUUUCCUCUGGAUGAGAUUCAUGUGGCAGUUACAGAUCAUGAUUUAAAAUUUACAGUCAAUUUAAAAGGAAACAAAAAAAAAAACAUCCCAGGCUUAAUGAAGUAUAGCCUAUUUUGGCUUAAAUACUAUAUAUUUUCAGUGCUCUCUAGUAAAAUGGACCAUUUUUAUAACUUGGAGGUAAAAUAUAUUUGAUGGAAUUAUUCUAGAUGUCGGUGUGUGCCCUUCUAAACAUAAACAUAAAUGAUUAGCUUUUAUAUCUGAUACUGCUUGUGAUGGAAAACUUUAUAAAUUAUAUUUUUAUAAUGAAAUGGAAUAUGAAAUACUAAAAAGAAUAUUUUUCCUAUGGAAGCAAAAGUGAAUUGUGAAGGUAGCUUUUCCUUUUACAAAAAGUCAUGAUGCAUUCUGUCCUUUUAUUUCAAUUAUGUAGAAAAUGGCUAAUAAAUGCUGUGGUUUCAUACUGUC